CGAUGGCUGUAGCAAGACCGUUCCGUGUGCUUUAUCGCAUACUGGUUGAUUACUGUUCCAACUGCUCCCUGGCCGGUGUUGGGUACAUCUCCAACCGGAAAUACCACUGGACGGAAAGACUAUUUUGGAUGGCAUGUGUACUAUUCGCGUGGACCGGUUCUUACAUGCUGAUCAAAACGUACAUGGAACUGUUCCGCAAGGAUGCGGUUAGUAUUGUGGUGGAGAAUCUGGAUCCUCGAAAGGACAUCACAAGCUUUCCGUCGGUGGGUGUGUGCGAGAUGGGAUAUACGAAGCAACAGUACGAUGCGUUGCAGCACGUGAUCGAGGGAUUUCGGACGAGCGAAGAGAUGGAGUACAAUUACGAUGUGGAGGAGUUUAUGCUGCGACUCAUCUAUCACAAUCUGUACAACUAUGGUUCGAUCAAGUCAUACUGUGCGAUGUACAAGGAUUGUGACGAUUGUAUUAAAUGUCCGGUCGAUGGAUAUCCGCUAUUUUCGAUUGCGGUCCGUGCGAAUUGUUCGCAGCUAUUUGACGAGUGUAGGUGGAAUGGGAAAGUGUUUGACUGCUGUCGAUACUUUCGUCCAAUACAGACGACGAUGGGGGCUUGCUUCCUGUUGAACUCGAUACAGACCGUUAGCAAGUAA